GAAAUAGCCAUCAGCUAUUUCGAACGCGAAUGCCACACUGAAAACGUGUGCGUGUUGCACUGAAAAACAACCGAAAUCGGCGAAAAAUUUUCGCAACGGAAAAGUGUUUUUCCAUACAAGUGUUGUAGUGUGUGUUUUUCAGUGCUUUUUUGAGCAUUUUUCAGGCUCUUAACCCUCAAAAAUCCCUAAACCCGCUCUAGUAGUGUGAUAGUGCAACGUAGAGAUCAAAAAUAGGGAAUCAUGGUAUUCACAAAAGCCAUGCCAUCGGGCAACGACAACGAAGCGAGCGGUUCGAACCCCGCCGCCCGUAAAACUUUUCGACCCCCGUGGGUAAAAGACGGCCCUAACCCCCUACCAGUACCCCCAGCCCCCUGGACUCUCAAAAACACCCGUCGCGACAGCACGAAAGAAACACCCAGUGAAAACCCCUUAGCUGGAGUCCAGCUACGCAAAACCUCAGUCACUACUAAAGAACCGCAAGAAAACGGUAAAGAAAACACUUUCAAAAGGCCACAAUUGCGUCCAGUGCCACCAAAAGAAGAAACAAAACCACAGAAAGAGACUCUACCACCAGUCAAACUAAACAGUGUGAGUGAAAGACAAAAGAACGAAGCCAGAAAACCUCUACAAAAAUCACCUUCAAGAGAUGAGGAAAUAGAUCGAGCUACACCAGUUGCAAGAAACGCUUUAGUGAGAGAACAGAGCAUGAGGAAGCUUUCGCAGACACCUGCACCGCCCCCUAUGCCGCCUCCAGCCCCCGCCAUGCCCGGAGCUAAGAAUCUCACCGCCAAGCAGAAGGAACAACUCGAACAAUUGAAAUCACGACCAAAAGUACGACCUGACUGGACCGCCAUGUUGAAAGAAAUCGAAAGUAACAAAAAAUUGAAACAUGUGGAGUGUAACGAUCGGUCACAGCCUCUCCUACCCAAAACCAAAGCAACCGAACAUUUUGUUUUCGAAAGCGAGAAAGAUAACGUCCAUAAUGAACUUCUGAAACAAAUCCAAGAUGGUAUCCGUUUGAAAAAAGUCAAGACGAAUGAUAGAAGUAAACCAAUGUUGGAGGGUUUGAGGAAAUUUAGAAGACAGAUGACCAUAGAAGAACAGAUUCAGAAGUCGGUUUCAAUGGCUAGUAUGCCACCAGAAGAAAUAGAAGAUGAGGUUGACGAAAUGGACGACAUUGAUAAAGUCCGUGAUGAUUUACAAAGUACGAAACAAAUGCUAGCUCUAGAAUUACGAAAUAAGGAAGCCCAAAUUCGCGAAAAUAAACGAUUACUUGCCCGAAUUCAAAAUCUAGAGGCCGAAUUGGAGAAAGAAAGAAAUCGCGAUAAAUCCACAAACACCAGUGAUAAGUCCAGCGAUGAAAAACUAAUCCAAUCGCUGAGAAAAGAAUCAGAACAAGCGCGAAAAACCUCCGAAGAAGUCGAGAAGAAAUUUGCUGAAGCGACUGAACAAUUAGACAAUACUCGAUUCCAGUUAGAAGAACAGAAGAGACAAAAUCAAUUAUUGGAGAAGAAGUUACAAGAAGCAUUACAAGGCAAGAGAACGUCAAUUAGCAAAGAUAUGGUCAAUGGUGAAGAAAGCGAAGACGAAUGUUUCGCAGACGAAGAAAGCGAAGAAAGUGACGGUGAAGAUACAGAAGAAAAACGUGAGAAACGUGCACAACGCGAAUUGAAAACACUAAGGAACAAAUUACGUAAUUUCAAAAACAAGGAAGACAACGCGAAGAAAGAACGAGUCGCUUUGAGGGAAAUUAUGAAGAAGCACCAAGUCGCAAUCAAGGAAGAAAAGAAGAAGUACAAAGCCUUGCAGAAAGAAGUGGACAAAAUGGCCGCUUUGAUGAAAGACGUCAGUGACGACGAAGAAGAGGAAGAAGAAGAGAGUGAAGAGGAGGUGGAAGAAGAGGAAGAAAGCAGCGAAGAGUCCGAGACAGAAGAAAGCGAGGAUGAGAGUGACUCCGAACGCAGUCAAAGCGAGCCUGAAGAUGCCCCAAUUGAGAAGAAACGCGAAAAUCUCUCAGUGAGGGUGAACCGACACGAGAAAAUUCUCGCCGCCCUCAAAAAAGGAAACCUCAUGAUGAAAACAAACGCAGAACGGCUUCAGGAUGAUUUGAAUAAACAGAAGGAGUUGACGGCGGGGUUGCAGGAGGACCUGGAUUCGGUCCUGGCGGAACUGGGGUAAAAGGGGCGAAGCCGGCCCUGGGAAAGGGUGACGAUGUUUUUAACGUGCUUAGUGUAGGCGAAAUUGAAAUUUUUAUAUUAUUUAUGAACGAUGUACUACUCGUUGUGAGAAUAAAGUGUGAUCGCUUAAAGUAA